GACCCUCCGGUCAACGCGGUCAACGACAGGGGAGGAACAGAGAGUUCAAGGGGUGCGAAGCACAAAUUCUACCUCAAGACUUGUGCGCAAUCCUCGUUCCCACCUGGUGCACCUACCUUUUCGUCUCGAGAAGGAUCUGCAGGCCCAAUCCAGCAAAGAGGUUAGCUCCUCUUUGGACCAGCCAUCAAUCUUCCAUCUUCUUCCAUCCCUCCAGCAAGGUCGAUCGAGGACGUCAAUAGCUCAGACGAAAGCUGGAUACGCAAGUUUAGAGACCACAAGAAGGUCUCCCUUGUGGUCAGGUAGCAAGCACAUUCAGGCAAACGAGCGGCAGUCACGCAAAAAGGUCUUCCCGCGCGCGCCGCGCUACGCCAUCCUUGUCCUCUACCCCAUUCUCGAAAGCCCCUCGAUCCCAGGACAUCACAAAGCGCAUUACCGCCGCUAGAAGAUGCCCCAAAUGAUCUAUAGGCUAGUCGUCUUGGGCGAUGGUGGUGUGGGCAAGACGGCUUUGACGAUCCAGCUCUGUCUCAACCACUUCACAUACGAUCCCACAAUCGAAGACUCGUAUCGGAAGCAAACGGUCAUCGAUGACCAACCUUGCAUGCUCGAAGUGCUUGACACGGCCGGACAGGAGGAGUACACUGCGCUGCGUGAUCAAUGGAUUCGUGAGGGCGAAGGAUUUCUUCUCGUCUACUCCAUCAUUUCCAGACAAACGUUCGAGCGGGUCGAACGGUUUAGAAAUCAAAUUUCCCGCGUCAAGGACCAAGAGCCGCAGAGCGUCCCAAUCAUGCUGGUGGGCAACAAAUGCGACAAGGUCCAACAACGAGAGGUGGGCAAGGAGGAGGGGCAAGCGCUAGCGCAACGGCUGGGAUGCAAGUUCGUCGAGAGCAGCGCAAAAACUUGUGUCAAUGUCGAGAAGGCGUACUACACCGUUGUCCGCAUGAUCCGAGAACAAAGAGAAGGAGUGGCAGGGCCGACAAGCAAGAAGAAGAAAAGCCGCUGCAAUAUCCUCUGAACGUCGACUUUGCGUAGUCAAGGCUCUCCCACAUUCCUUUCCGGAUGGCCGAUUGGGGCUACAGACAGCAUAACCUCGCAGAAGGAGCAGGCAGACGGA